AUGACCACGCUUCCUCAUACUUCCUCCACCUCCGUUCCUGUAAUGGACGCCAAAAAUCUGGAUAGCACGACGAAGCCGAAGCCCACGCCGUUGCGCAUUUCUCCGAUAGCUCUGGAAUCGAAAGCAAAGGUCCAGCAAACCGUUGGGCGCAAGCCAGUGAUAGAAUUCAAUCAAGAGGAACUUCCGGCCACGUCUCUUCAUGUUCCUCCGCCUUCCCCUACAACAAUGCGCCACGAAAGCCCUUACGACGCACAACGCUUCCACUACUCAAGGAAGUCGGCCUUAGCGUCUCCUAUCAUCGCUUCGGGUCCCUUUCCCACUCCGACUGUUCCCGGGUUCGCCACCGGGGACUUGGUCCUGCCUGAUUCCAUCGUGUUUCAGCUGCCUGUUACAGGCCCGGAGCACCAACGUCCUCCGAGAAGAGGACAGCCUAGCGACGAUACCAACCUUUCCCGGUCCAUAUACGGGUCUUCCGCUUCUACCCUUGUGACACCUGACGACGACUACGUUGAGCGCAGGAUUAUACGGCCUCAACGGAGCCGUCCUGACCUCCGCAGGCCGUUCUCCAAUCUCAGAAAAGCGCGCUCGAUGGCGAACCUGCCCAAGAUGCCUGGCCUUACGACAUUCGGCCGGCCAUACGACUUUCCAUCCGAGCUCAGCACGCCCGUUGACUCCAGCGACAGCCUCACGAAUACAACCAGCACACGCCCGGCGUCGCGCUUCCCAUCUCGCCGCCCCUCCCUUGCGAAUCUAUCCCUCUCUUCACCAGUGCCGGUCACAGAAGUCGCCGAGGCGCUGUGCAGGCUCGUGUCCGACCUCAGGGGCGGCAGUUCCGUUGAACGACAUUUCAAUGAGGCGGUGUCCUCCUACGAAAAAGCGUGCGCGCUCGCCGACAGCGGCGAGGGUGUCAUUGAGGUGCGCGUGGACGAAAUUACGGAGACUUGCGCCGAAACUUGCCCUGCUGCUGCGAAGGCACGUCCGGAUGGCAUUGGACUGUACUCUCGACCACGCUCGCGCAAAGACACCAUGCCCGCGGUAGUGGAGCGAGCGCGUGGGCAGGUUUGGGUUUGA